CGGAGUCGUGCUGCGGGGCGAGGCUGCGGGCGGCGGGGGCUGGAGGAGAGGUCCGCGCCGCGCGCCGCUGCUGUCCUCGGAUCCCCGACGGCCGGGCGCCCGGAGACCCAGGAUGCUGGUCCUCUCCUCCUCCCAGUCACUUCCUGCCUUGUGACCGCACGGCCGGCGUUGACAGUUGUUCUGCAGAUCCGAGAGGAGGGGGUUUCUGGUCACACGCCAGUACCACUGAGGACAGUUUUUCUACAAGGCCUGUUUCACUUAUUCAUUUUCGAUCUUCAAAGCUUUUCACGCCGUAUGAACCAUUUUGCAAUCUGUUGCCUAAAGCAAUAAAAAUGGCCAGAGGAUCAGUGUCCGAUGAAGAAAUGAUGGAGCUCAGAGAAGCUUUUGCCAAAGUGGAUACCGAUGGCAAUGGGUACAUCAGCUGCAAUGAGUUGAACGACCUGUUCAAGGCUGCUUGCUUGCCUCUGCCUGGGUACAGAGUGAGAGAAAUCGCAGAAAACCUGAUGGCUACAGGUGAUCUGGACCAGGAUGGGAGGAUCAGCUUUGAUGAGUUUAUCAAGGUUUUUCAUGGCCUAAAAAGCACAGAGGUUGCCAAGACCUUUAGAAAGGCAAUCAAUAAGAAGGAAGGGAUCUGUGCGAUCGGCGGUACGUCGGAGCAGUCCAGUGUCGGCACCCAGCACUCCUAUUCAGAGGAAGAGAAGUAUGCUUUUGUCAACUGGAUAAACAAAGCCCUGGAAAAUGACCCCGACUGUCGACAUGUUAUUCCAAUGAAUCCAAACACAAAUGAUCUCUUCAGUGCUGUGGGGGAUGGCAUUGUCCUUUGUAAAAUGAUCAACCUAUCUGUGCCAGACACAAUUGAUGAAAGAACCAUCAACAAAAAGAAACUCACCCCCUUCACCAUCCAGGAGAAUCUGAACCUGGCUCUGAACUCGGCCUCAGCCAUUGGCUGCCACGUGGUUAACAUCGGGGCUGAGGACUUGAAGGAGGGGAAGCCUUACCUGGUCCUGGGACUUUUGUGGCAAGUCAUCAAGAUUGGAUUGUUUGCUGACAUUGAACUCAGCAGAAAUGAAGCUCUGAUCGCCCUUCUGAGGGAAGGGGAGAGUCUGGAGGACCUGAUGAAACUGUCCCCCGAGGAGCUGCUGCUGCGGUGGGCUAACUACCACCUGGAGAACGCAGGCUGCAACAAAAUCAACAACUUCAGUACUGACAUCAAGGACUCAAAAGCUUAUUACCACCUGCUUGAACAGGUGGCACCAAAAGGAGAUGAAGAAGGUAUUCCUGCUGUUGUUAUUGACAUGUCAGGACUAAGGGAGAAGGAUGACAUCCAGAGAGCAGAGUGCAUGUUGCAGCAGGCGGAGAGGCUGGGCUGCCGGCAGUUUGUCACAGCCACAGAUGUCGUCCGAGGGAACCCCAAGCUGAACUUGGCUUUCAUUGCCAACCUCUUUAAUAGAUACCCUGCCCUGCACAAACCAGAGAACCAGGACAUCGACUGGGGAGCUCUUGAAGGUGAGACCAGAGAGGAGCGGACGUUCAGGAACUGGAUGAAUUCGUUGGGCGUUAACCCUCGAGUCAAUCACUUGUACAGUGACUUAGCAGAUGCCCUGGUCAUCUUCCAGCUCUAUGAAAAGAUUAAAGUCCCUGUUGAUUGGAACAGAGUAAACAAACCACCAUACCCCAAACUGGGGGGCAACAUGAAGAAGCUGGAGAAUUGUAACUACGCAGUGGAGUUGGGGAAGAAUCAAGCUAAGUUUUCCCUGGUUGGCAUCGGGGGACAAGAUCUCAAUGAAGGAAACCGCACUCUCACACUGGCCUUGAUUUGGCAGCUAAUGAGAAGGUACACGCUGAAUAUUCUUGAAGAAAUUGGAGGAGGACAGAAGGUCAAUGAUGACAUUAUUGUCAACUGGGUGAAUGAAACAUUGAAGGAAGCGGAGAAAAGUUCAUCCAUCUCUAGUUUCAAGGACCCGAAGAUUAGCACCAGCCUGCCUGUGCUGGAUCUCAUUGAUGCCAUUCAACCGGGUUCCAUCAACUAUGACCUUCUGAAGACAGAAAACCUGAAUGAUGAAGAAAAACUCAACAAUGCCAAAUAUGCCAUCUCUAUGGCCCGCAAAAUUGGGGCCAGAGUAUAUGCCCUUCCAGAAGACUUGGUCGAAGUGAAUCCCAAAAUGGUCAUGACCGUGUUUGCUUGCCUCAUGGGGAAAGGAAUGAAGAGGGUGUAAGUCCCAGUGGGGAGGCGACGCGCACACUCCUGACUGCUCAGCAUGGGAUGCCCACGGGAAGCACGGAGACCACUCAAGCCAUUCCAGUUUUCAACUCCGUGACAUUAUACAGGAUUCCAAAAAGUGUAUGUUUGUCCAGCCAGGUAGCUACUCCUGUAUGAAUGCAAAAAAAAAAAAAAGCUUCAUUCUUUGCAAAAACAUAAAAACAAAACAAAAAAACCCACAACCCAGUCUCUCACAAAUAUUUUUAUUAUUGAAUUUAUUGCUUCUUUGAAAACCUAGAGGGGGAAAAAAAAACACCCUUACCUUCCAGGCACCCUUCCUGCUUUGCUAUUAGUCAAGUAUAGAUGCUGCAGUGUUAUUAAUUUUAACAAUAUUUCAGCCUGGCUUAAUUUGGCUGCCUUUUUGGUUCAAGGUGAGACCCCGGAGGGGGCGGGGGUUGGGAAUCAUCAAGCCAGUCCCAAAGCCUGUUUCUGGAGUCCGGCAUUUGAUCUGUUACAAGCCUCUCCCACUCUCCUGUGGCUUUGCUUUAUACUCUCUCAGAACAAUGCCUUCUCUGUGGCCCACUUUUGCUGCCCAUCCUUAGGUCUGGGUCAUUUGGCGCCUCUGAUGGGUCAGGCUGUUGGGGUCCCGAGAGUCCCUGGUGACUCGCAAAAGUAAGACCUCAUCAGAGCCUUUCCUCAGAACGAGAGUCCCAAAUGGCCUAAGUUUUGUCAGCACACAGGAAGCUUCUGUUCUUUUAGGAUUUGUGCCCAGAUCAGGUCUACCAUCUUGAAUACUGUGCCUUCAGGGAGAUUCUUAACCUCCAGGCAGGUUACCCCCAAGGAGGGUGUAAUUGAGCCUUGUUCCACGAGGGGACAGUGUGGAGCCACAACAAAGCGGCUCUCCUCCAGGCUGUUGCCCCUCGGUGCCUUAGGCCUGCUCCUCAGACCUCUCUACUGUGGUGUGGCUAACUGGUGACUGGAAGCAAUUUGGCUCCGCUUCUCACUUGUUCUUAGAUCUUAGUGCCCCUGACUGCUGCAAGGCCAUAUAUCAAUGUUUACUUUUUUGGGUAGUAUAGAAGCUUUUUGCCACCCCCAAGCUUGAGGGAGCAACAGGUGCCAAUGAGCAGCGCCCCCACCUCACCCCCUGCCCCCCAACAACACACACCCACACAGAGUCAUAUACACAAGACAUUUAAAGGAUUCUGAAACAAAACCAGAGGAGCAGUGUGAGUUCGAGGAGCCCUAACAGAGUAUAUACAAUUUUCAUGAAAACCUGCCGGAGGCUAAGAAGCAGCAGAGCAUUGUGAACCAACACUAGACUCUCGUAGCCAUCUUUCAAAGGAAUUGCAAUGCUUCACCCUGGAUCUGUUCCUCGGCAGCAGGUUCGAGAAGCCAAAAUGUGGCCUCUUCUAGCGCAUAAUCAGUAUUUCUGCUGCAUCUGAAUACAAAGUGGUUGGCUUUGUCUCGGACCGAACUUAAUGUAGCCUCACAUGAUUCUCCCCCACCUGGCUCUGGGAAGACUGCUCCUGGCUUAAUAGAAAAUGAAGAUAAAAUAAUGCUCCAGAUGUCUCCAAAUAAAAAUGUUCCAUUUA